UGCGCGCGCUCUGCUCCUCCUGGCUACGAGGCGGGCGGGGAAAGCAGCAACGGGCGCGAGAGGAGAGCACGCGGAGAGAGUGGGAAAGAAGGAGGGCGGGGAGGAAGGAAGGAAAGAAUUCAUCCGAUUGCCGCGCUGGGGAGCGGCGUCUAGGGCGGGAGCGAAACCUGUCUGUCUGUCCGUCUAUCUGCGCAACUCUGCGUCCCGUUUCCCUCCGUCGGUGCACCCGUCUCGUCUAGCCCUCCUAUCACCCCCCUGCUUUCCCCCUUCCCCCUCUAUGAAGCCGGUCCGUUCAUGUGCAUGUGUGUGCGUGUAUGCAUGUAUGUGUGUCGGUAUGUGCGAGGCCAGCUUAGCACCUCGUGGGAAUCUGGGAGAGAGAGAAAAGGGGGAGGGGGAGGGGAGGAGGGCGCGGUGUCUAAGACGCGCGCGUGCAGAUUACGAUACAAGCCAGCUAGCUAGCUGGGCAGGCCACGAGCCCUGGAUGAUAUUUUUCCUUCUCCUUUUCCCGUUCCUUCUCUCUUUUUCCCCCUCUUCUUUUCCCCCCCCUUCUACUGAGCCUCGCUCGCUCCUUUUUCUCUCCCAUUCUCCCGUCCUUCCCAUUCUAACCCCUCUCCUUUUCCAUCCCAUUCUCCCCUUCGCUUCUCCGCCCCGCGCCACAACUCCUCUGACCAUGCUCGCCUGCGGCCUAGCAUCUGCCGGCCGAGAGCUCACGCAGAAUAGCCUACCUCGAGACGCGCAUCGGGUCCGAGGCCCCCGCGGUGGCUCCGAAUAGUACCGUCGGCGAUAGCUAGUUAUUACCGUCGUCCUCCUGGCGCCGUAGGCAGAAGAGAGAAAAGAGAAAAAAAAAGAAAACGCGAGGGGCGGACAGACCGCGCCC